AUGACGGUCUGGAAGAAGAUGAAGGAGUUGCCUCCUCUCCCGCUGGAGUCCAAGGGACACUGGGAACCCAACCGUGCGCUUCCUCCCCUGCCGCUUCCAGACGCGCCACCACCCGUCCCGAGCAAGACGGCAGUCACAGUGGUCUCACUGCCGAACGAGAUCCUGGAACACAUCUUCCUCCUCGCCAUACGCAGCUGCUUCCCGGUUGAAGACGCCAGCUACCCACAGCACCCUCUGUUUUCCAGGUCGACAGCUGGAUCCCAGUCCGCGAGGAAGAAGCCCUUGUGCUACGCGAACCACCUUUUGCCGUCGGUGCUGUCCCAAACAUGCCACCGGUUCCGGAUGCUUCUCCUUCACGCGCCCCACUUGUGGUCAUACAUCAGCAUAACGCGUGACCUCCCUUCUCGUUCUCCCCGAUCGUCUGCGUCUGCUCCUGCUGGCCAGGAGCUUAUGCAACGUCAACAAGCGGAGGCAAUGGCGGCGAGGUCAGGGGCCAGGGACAGUGGUAACGGAGGAAGUAGACUGGGAAAGCACCUGGGAUGGCUGCCCUUGUACCUCGUUCGUGCCCACCCGGCGUUGUUGCACGUCGUGCUGGACACGACCAAGUACCCCCUUCAAUCAAGCGCAGGUUCAGGCGCCAGCCCAUCAUCUGCUUCACCAUUCCCCGACCACCCCUUCCAGUACAUCCUCGGCACAUCGAAACGCUGGGGCUCCCUCACUAUUCUCACUUCGCAUCUGGGAAGCGCCUCACUCCCCCCAACUUUGAAUGCACUCGCACACCUCCCCGUGCCCCACCUCGAGUCCUUCAGGAUCGCGGCCGACAUUUGGAGAGAGGGAAUCGUGAGCUACGACACGCUUCCACCCUUCUUCCUCGAUGGCGCGCCGAAAUUGAAGCAUGUCCAACUCGACGGUGCCUACAUUGGAUGGAAUCAAAGCCCGAUGUUCUACCCCCCUCCGUCGCCUAGCCCUUCCUGGCCUCCUCCCGACUCCUGUGAAAGCAGCGAUGCGGAGGUCCCCGUCGCUUCCUCCGUGCCCAAAGGCGUUCCAACGCAUAACAUUCGCUCUCUCACCUUGAACUUCUCUUCUCGGUAUCCUUCCUUCUCCACUCUUCGCACUGUCCUGACGCAAGGUUGCCCCAACCUGGAAAGGCUUGUCAUCCACGACGACAUUGCGGGGAUGCUGCGCAGCAUUGACCCGCCUCCCCUCCCUUACUUUGACCUCUUCGAGGGGUCGGUAGAAGGGAGGACGGGUAAACUUGAAAGCAGUCGCCUACAACCACCACCUACACUCGGCUACUCCUAUUCCACCACUUCCUCCGGCAGCUCCACCGACUAUCCUCCAGCUCCCCAGCAACACCCGACCUCACCCCCCGCUUCACCCAACACACCACUCACCGCCGUCGCAGCCGAGUAUAGCGCGCCCAGCUCCUCCUCCCCAUCCUCCUCCCGCUUCCCCGCGAACAUCCUGAACCCAUUCGCCCGCUCCCGGAUGACACGAUCUCGAUCUGCGAGUUCAGCCUCCUCAAGUUCGUCGUCGUCGUCGUCUUCCAGCUCACCUGCUCCCCACACCUCACCUCCGGGAUCACCUACCACCGCGGAAUUCCGCAAGAUCGAGCUCGGGAAUUUGAAGUAUCUGGAGAUUCGGCCGUAUAGGUCUGCGGGCGGAGGAGGCGAUGCGUCAUCUCCCCGCGGACGACAGGUGGGAGUGGGUGUUAGCGCCGUACCUCCCAGCGUGGCUAGUACUACGCAUUCCCGCGCUUCUUCGCUGGCUCGCGCGCCAACGCCAUCUUCGUCAAUGUCUUCGCAGGGUACAACGACGAUGUCGACCAUGCCCGCGCGAUUGCUCUACCUUUUCUCAACACCGAACCUUGAGACGCUGGUGAUGCGUAAUCUGAAGGCGGAAGAAUGGAGCGUCGUAGCGGAGAUGGUCGGACUUCCUGAGGAGCCGAGUGAUUUCAGGGUUGGGGAAGUAGGAGAGGGUGAGGUUGAUACGGAAGAGAGGCAGGAGAGGACUUUCCCGCGUUUGAAGACUUUGGACGUAGAGUUGAUUGAUAGGGCUUAG